GUUCAAGAUGUCUGCCCCGAGGUUUGUUUCUAACAGGACCUCCCAACAGGCCUUGUCUAACUCCGAUUACACUUGGGAGUAUGAGUACUAUGAGUAUGGACCAGUGUCGUUUGAAGGCCUCAAGGCUCAUAAAUAUUCCAUUGUGAUUGGAUUUUGGGUUGGUCUUGCAGUUUUUGUCAUCUUCAUGUUCUUUGUCCUGACCCUGCUGACAAAAACAGGAGCACCGCAUCAAGACAAUGCAGAACCUUCUGAAAAAAGAUUCCGCAUGAAUAGCUUUGUGGCAGAUUUUGGAAGACCUCUAGAAUCGGAGAGAGUAUUUUCUCGUCAAAUAGCUGAAGAAUCUCGGUCGCUUUUCCAUUUCUGCAUUAAUGAAGUGGAACAUUUGGACAAAGGAAAGCCAAGUCACAGAGGGAUGAGCCUGGAGAGUAAUAUUCACUUCCAGGAAGUGCCUAGGAGCAGUGGAAGACUUGAGGAGGACCUAAAUUGUCUUACAAAAUUUAACAUUCCUAAUUUCGUGAAUACUGAGCAGAACUCUUCACUAGGUGAGGAUGAUCUUCUCAUCUCAGAGCCACCUAUCAUUUUAGAAAGCAAAUCUGUCAUGCAAUCUUCCCAUCGGAUCCUUGACUGA